AAGGAUUCCCCUUAUUGCACAAAUUGCCGGGGACAUACCCAGUGCAUAUAAAUGCAGACGCGGCAGGUGCAACGGAGAUCGGCGAAUUGCGUGCAGCUGCGCCAUGUUUCGAAUUCUGAUUCUUCCGCUCCUCGGCGUUGCGAGUUUCGGAUUUGUACCAAGGAUACGACCGUCUAUGCCGGAUGGGAGAAUCGUGGGAGGAAAAGAAGCGACUAUCGAAGACCAUCCUUAUCAGCUCUCUUUCCAAAUUUUCAACUCCCACAUUUGCGGCGCUUCCAUUAUCAGCAGUAAAUGGGCAGUGACUGCCGGCCAUUGCGUUAAUUUAUCACCACAAUACUAUCAAGUCAGUGCUGGCAACAAAGACCGAUCUAAUGGUACAUUGUAUGACAUUCGGAGAAUCAUCCGACAUCCACAAUACAAUGUUGCAGCCAUCGAUUACGACAUUGCUUUGUUGGAGAUCGACGGCGAGAUUAAUCUCGGAAGAAAUGUGCAACCCCUCAAACUCGGUGAUAAGGAGCCUCCAGCAGGAAGAUUAGUUAACAUUACAGGAUGGGGCGCACUCUCGCAAGGUGGACUCAGUACGAGGGAUCUAAUGAAAGUGACGGUGCCAAUCGUCGAGCAUACAAUUUGCGAACGGGCGUACAAGUUUGUGAACAAUAUUACAAGCAGAAUGAUAUGCGCCGGAUAUUAUGAUAAGGGAGGAAAGGACGCAUGCCAAGGAGAUUCUGGGGGUCCUUUGGUAGCCAAUAAUACUCUUUACGGAAUCGUAUCCUGGGGAUUAGGAUGUGCCAAGCCGAGGUAUCCUGGAGUUUACAGCAACGUUGCAAAUCUGCGGCCCUGGAUAAAGGAAAUCACCGGAGUUUAAUUAUUAACUAAAUCGUACCUAUCCUGAUAAAGUAUUUUUAAUAUCAUUGAUAAUAUACAUUCGGAAUGCCGGACAAUAAGUGAGCCUCUGACGUCACAGGGAGAUUUUGCGUUUGGCCUUAAACAACAUCCUCGGUAUUAAAGUAAUUUGGCUACUAAGAGCUCGACGUUUGGUCCAAUAUUGCCUGCACGGUCAGAGGAAUUUCGCCCGUAUGUCGAAAUGGCUCCGUGUUCAAAGGGAUAAACCACGUCCCACGAGUCGAUAAAUUUUCAGCAUUACAGUAACUUUCGAUCUGGAAGUGAAAUAAUACAAAUUAAAAAUUGUUUCCGUGUCUUGUGGUCCAAAACGAACGAUUUAACGUGUUUGGCCUUAAUUAUUAUAAUAACCCUUUGGCUACUAAGAGCUCGACGUUUGGUCCAAUAUUGCCUGCACGGUCAGAGGAAUUUCGCCCGUAUGUCGAAAUGGCUCCGUGUUCAAAGGGAUAAACAACGUCCCACGAGUCGAUAAAUCUUCAGUAUUAAAGUGACUUUCUGUCUGGAAGAAAGAAUACAAAUUAAAAAUUGUUUCCAAG